CCUCUAACGACAGCCCAGAGUAAUGUUUAAUUGACAGUUAGACGUCACAAGCAGUUUGGUGUUCUUUGAUUGGACAAAGAUGUUAGAUCUGAACACAAGAAAAAGAAGCUGAAUGGUCCUGCAUUGCGUAGCGAGUAACUGAUCGGUAUGGAAGUCGUUUUCAUUCUCCUGGAGUAAGGUUUAUUAUAAAGUUGCAAGAAUUUAUAUAACCAGACAAUGAAAAGAUCAAAUUCCUUACAUCAGAAUUCAACAAAAAGUAAUAUUCCCAAAUUACAAUGCUUACAACGUUCAUCAUCUCUUCGUUUAAGUGGAGAAAGCAGACUGUCAUACAAUUCUAACAAUUCAAACAAUUCAAAUCAGAUUGAUAAUCAUGUUCCUCAAAAGCCACAAAAUUUUCCAAAUUGGAAAGAUAGAAUUAAGCAUUAUAGUGGAGAUAAUUCUAGAGGUUUAACUCCAUCUGAACCAACUACUCCAGAUGUAGAUGAUAAAAGCUCUGUUAAGAGUUUUGGUAGUUGUGCAAGCUUUAUGUCCUGUGAUAUAACAACAAAUCAGCAAGGAACAGAUUUAUCAUUAACAAGACAUACCAGUAGAGGACAACAUAAGAAAUAUGUUCUUCAUUGUCAACGUCAUGCUCCAACUCAGACAGAAUAUCUUACACCUACACAACGAAAAGAUCGUCAAAUUCGACAUCUGAAAGCAGCAUUGAUUCAUUCUACUAGAGCAUGUGAAGAAAAAGAUGUAGAAAUAGAAAGACUUAAAUCAGAAAUAGAUCGUUUACAUCUGGCAUUGACAGAGGUUAAAUUUUCAGAUUUACAUUUGGAUACAGUGAUUGAAGAUGAACCAAAUCUAGAAGUCAUUGAAGAACAGUCAAACAUAAAUGAAAAUUGUAAUAGAUUUUCUGAAGACAAAAAUUAUUUAUCUAGUUCAUCACAAAAUGAUGAUCACUGUUUAGAGGAUAGUGGUAUAUUGACUGAUCUCUCCGAAUAUCCAAAUGAUAACUUUUCAAUUAAUAAGAAUGUAAAAGGAUUAAAUUCUGAGAAUAUAAAUUCUGAUAUGCCUAUUGAUAAUUCAUUAAAUUCCUGUAAAUCACCAAAGCCAGAAAGUUUAAAAACACAUAAUGCAGAGAAAAUUAGUAAAGCAGCAUUUCAGAAAUUGUUAGCAUUUUAUAAUGGAAUAGAUGGCACUCAUUUAUCAAAAACUAAGAAUGAAAUGUUAUCAAAUGAAGCUGAGAAAAGAAAUAUUUCUGUUAGAAGAUCAAAUAGUUUUACUGCAAAACAUAUAUCGAUGUUUGAGGGAGGAGAAAAUCUAUUAAUUGAUCAUCAAAGAGAAAUGGACGAAAUGAAACGGCUACAUUCACUUGAAUAUCAAGAAAUGAAAGAGAAAUAUAAUGACAGAGUGGAAAAUCUUUUGCAGAAAUUAAGUGAUGCUAAUGCAAGGUUUGCAAGCAGAAAGAAAACUGUACAUAUAGAAUCAACAACACAGCCGCACAAGUCGCCUCUUCCCCAAUAUAUGGAACUAAGACCUGCAUUUGAUCGAGCCCAAGAUAAAAUAAGACAAUUAGAAUUACAAUUAGAAGAAUUUAAAAAAGAAAUGGCUGCUCAAGAAGAAUGGCAUAGUCAAAUGUAUUUGAAAAUGUAUAGGUAAUAAACUUUAUUUGUAAGCAAAACAAUAUUCACUUUAAGUUACUAAUCACAUUCAUUUGACAGAAGUGGUUAUUGCAAACUAAACAAAUCAAAACAUUAAAUAA